GCAGUAUCCCCGGUUUGAACGCCCCUGAAUAUUCCAAGGCAGGCAGCGACAUAAGCAGGGCCCCGCCUACCGGUCAAAGGUACGUGCUCUUCCCCCGCGCGGUUCUCUUCUCGCUCACGCCUGUUAAGGAUGGUAACUGCCUUAUGAGAAAUACCAAAACCUGUCAAACGAGGAGGCUGGAAGGGGGUGGCUGCGCCUUCUUUAAUAUUGGGUUGUGAGCUUUUACCCUGUAUAUCAGCUCCUACAUAUCGCGUCAAAAGCGGGCACAGAAACUGUCCGUGUUGGAAAGGCGUUUGUUCGCGCAGAAGCAACAGUUCCCACCCGCGGUGUAUCCAUCUGUCCACCUGUCAGUGUGUAAGCUUGGCAGCGGUGUGAGGCCAACGCUGGUAAAGCCUGUUGCCACAGAGAUCUGUCAAUGAGUCGCAACCGACGCAGACAGAAAAAAAAGCAACAACAGCAGCGAGAAUCGAGAAGGUAGUGUGGAGCCUCAGCCGGAUCCACUCCGAUGCACUGGAAUGCUGCUGCUGCCUACCUGGAUCUAAAUGCCGAGACCGGGCUAUCUCAUCGCACCUUUCCUAAUAUUGCUUCAGAUUUCAGGAGUUAUUUGUGGCAACCAGUUGCCUGGCCCCCGUGAUGUCCACUUUUCCUCCUGGAAUUUGAGGAAUACCCUGAUUUGGAAGCCAGGAGAGGACACAACAAAGGAUGUGGAAUAUAUUGUGCAAUACAAAAUAUAUGGCACAGAAGGAUGGGUCGACAAAACAGAAUGCAGCAAUACCAAACAAACAAGCUGCGACCUCUCUGAUGAAACCUGUGAGCACGAAGAACAAUACUAUGCAAGAGUUAUGGCCGUCAUGAACAACCGCUCUUCCAGUUGGGUUGAAACUGACAGAUUCAACCCAUUUAUAGCCACAACCAUCGGUCCACCAUCUGUUAGAGUAUCUUCUGGAGACAGGUCCAUUUUAAUCAAGUUAACAGCUCCGAAAAAAUACAAACGCCAAAAUGAAACAAAAGCAAUAUCCUUGGUGCAGAUAUAUCCUGAUCUUGAGUACAGUAUCAUCAUCCUGAACACCAGAAACAACUCCACACGGGCAUUCACUUUAAGAAAUAAAACCUGGAAUGAGAGCAGCUUAGAGCCAAAUACUACAUACUGCAUCACUGUUCAGUCAUAUGUUCCUGAGCUAAAGAAGUUUGGGGAGUUUUCUGAAAGGCUUUGUGCAACCACUUUAGAAGAUCACACUGCAAGACUGAUGAUAUUAAUUCUGUUUGGUUGCAUUUUGCCUGCUGGGUUUGUUGUCCUCGUUAUCCUGGGAGUAGGCUGCUUUGUAUACAGAUACAUAUUUGUUAGCAAACAACAGCAACCCCGAAACUUGUUAUUACAUCAUCCACUUGAGUUCAAGACAAAUUGUUUAGAUCAUGAGAACAUAAAGUUUAUCACCUUAAACAUAGAGUAUCCUCCUUGGAAUUCCACAAAUAUACAAAAAGGAGCAUGCAAUAAUCUGAAGGCCAUUAAGGACUCAACAGGCCUAAUAAAUGAAUCUUGUGCAGAGGUCUUAGCAGUACGUCACCUAGGGUACACAUGCCAAGAAAUAAAAAAUGCUUCUCUCAAAAGUGAAGCCACAGAGAACAAUAGUAUAUGCAAUACUGAGUGCAGUCACCCUCAAAAUAUUGCAGAUGAAGAUUCGCUUGACUAUGGAAUCGUUCUACGACCUUCUGAGGCUUACUCUAUCCAUGGACAAGAGCCCCGGGACAGUAAGGAAAAUGAGCUGUCUGCAAAAGGUAAUACCUGUGAGGUUAUUUCACUUAAAACCCUAAAUAAUAUACAAGCAUCACCAAUAAACCAAGGACUUCAGAAUGAAUCUGCAAAGCUGCAUUUCAGCCCAAAGAAAUGGGAUAUUCAGAUGAGGAUGGAGCCAAAAAAUCGUCCGCAUGAUGGAAACUUGGCUUUUGAGGAAGAGCAGCAGCUUACAGUGGUAGCACAGGAAACAAAUAUUAUAGACUGGGACCCUCAUUCUCGUAUGCUGCACAUUCCUUCCUUAUCAACCGUAACAAAUGAUGCUUAUAAUAAAGAAGAUGAUGAAGACAGUGAGAGGCUUGACUCUGAACAAGAUUCUCAGGUGGGACUUUUAUCUAAAGUAUAUAUGAAGCAGACAUCAGAAGAACCAUCAGAAGAUGAAGAAAUCUGUCUCAUAAAAUUUAAAGAAGACUGGGGACUGCGCAUACAAUUGGAAGAAUAGAACACCUCUGUGAAGAUUAUUCCUUGCUGGCAAAAUUACUAAGAAAUUCACUAUGAUGACUAAUCCAGCCUGAUUACUGUUGUGAUUUUUUCCAUUGGUGAGCCUGCCCUGCCUUGCCUUUUACUGCUUUUAGCAAUCAUUAUAUAUAUAUAUAUAUAUAUAUAUAUAUAUAUAUAUAUAUAUAUAUAUAUAUAUAUAUGAGACAAAGAAAAUUACUGGAGAGAUGCCAUCACUGUUACUGUUAAUUAUGAGUGUAGUGUGGAAAUGAGGUAUCAUCCCUGAUGCAGCAGAAAUGGUAUCUCAUUCUUUGCACCUCACUGUGGUUUUGCUGUUAGAUAGCAGAAACAUAGGACGUUGUACUUGAUCUGGCUAAGAGUAUAAGGUUGCAACAGUAGUACUGCAAAGCAUUUUGUCAUAAAUUUUGUAUGAUGCUUUAUGGCUGCCUUAUCCGUUUUAGCAACCCUGGAUAUGAAGGACGUAUGGUUACAUUUUAAAAGUACAGAACACAGUUUGGCACACACUGUUAAUUAAUAAUCAUGGGGAUUCUUUCCUUCAUACUUCGUCAUUCUACAAUAAUUUUUAUAGAGAACAGACCAUUGUUGUUUCAUGGCUAAGGUUGCUCUCAGAUCCUAUUUUCUGAUCUGUGCCAACAAAAUGAUAUUCAUAUUGCCUACAGAUAACACACCUACAUUUUUCAAGACUAAAUCUCAAAUAUAACUUUUGUAGUGUGGUACCAAAGCCUUAAUAUUGUAUUGUAUAUAGCAAAUUGGUUUUCUGGCAGGCUUUGCUGCUUUCCUUGGUAAUCCAGUUUUUUAUAAAUCUUUCAAGUGAAGUACAGUGUGUACUUCCUUUGAGAAGAAAUGUGCAUCUACCCUUUCUAUAGCCUGUACCUGUACUAUCAAGACGGAACUUUCCUGCAUGAAUGAAAUUAAAAUAAAAGGUGGAGCAGUCUCAUCCAUAGCAGUCAAAGUGUAUGCAGAUUUCCCUGUUAGAACAAUACCAGGUAGAAAGUGUAACGUGGAUGCUUCCACAGAGCUUCUUAUUUCAAAGGAAAAACACGCAUGACAGUAGGUCUUUUGAAACGGGAAUGUCAAUUAAUGCAACUCUGAUAAGCUGCACUUAAUAUGUGAAUUGCAGUUGCUUUGGCCUUAAAUGUGAACAUGUUCCUUUACCAUCUUCUGCAAUGAAAAAAAAAAGUCUUUAAUGUUAACAUGGAAAUGGCUAAUGGCUUUACAAGACUUAAGCAGCAAUAUUUUUCUGGCUCUGUACCAUAAUUAAAUUCCUUGCAGGUUAAUACUCAUUGUCAACCAUUAGGAUAGUAUUGGAAUUUCAGAAGAAAUGCCAUUGCAGUGCACUGCUUUGCUGAGUAAGUUUGCACGAUUAUAAUUCUUACUUUGAAAGCCUGUUGUUUUCUAAAAUAUGACAUGCCACUGCCAUAAGUGGACACAGGUGUGUACAUCAAGAAAACCUAAAACCUCAUUCCUUGCUGUUGUACAAGCAAACAACUUCAGGCCAGUUCACUUUUCUAGUUUUGUACAGCAACUGAUAUCGGGACACAUUUGUCUCAACAGAGUUAUAUUUUUACAGGAAUUUUUUUUUAAUAAAGUGAAUAAUGGCCCUGCAUAUUUACAUCUGUACAGAAAAACCAUAAUUUAAAACCAGAAAUAAAUUAUAUCUUUGUGUAAUGGAAUUUAUAUGCAUGCAUAUGUGAAACUGUCAAUGAGCUGGUCUGCUGGUAUAGUGGGCAUUUCCAGUUCUUCCUAGUUUUACAUGAGCAAACAAUGGCUCACAUUUCUGAUAAUAUAUCGUAAUACUAAGUUUAGCUUUCAAAAGCAAUCUUUUCAGACUAUAACUUGUUGGAAAUGUGUGUAAUAGAAGAAAAAUAACUCAAAGCAUUUGACUUUAUGUUAUGUUUGUUUGUGAGUGAUAGUGUUCAACAUACACUUAGUUGAUGAAGCAGUAGAACUUUAUAUUUUUCCUCAGUUUUAUCAAGACAGAGCAAGGACCCCUUCAGUCCUCAUCAUGUACGUAUUAUAAUGCUGCAAGUUGUAAUCCAGUUAAAAUAGUCUUAAUUCACAGCUUCCAGCAUAUUUAUUUAUAAGACUUAUGCACAGACAUUUUAUGCACCAAAAAGUUUCCCAGUGCGAAGUGCCCUAUGGUCAUAUUCACCAGAAGGAAGUACCAUGAAGGAAUACACAUUUAAAAAGGGCAUGGAUACUGUAUUACCAAAUAAUAUGAUUGUUUUCUUCUGAAUUAUUAUAUUAUUUCUUCAAGAUUUAUGUUCCUAUGUAUGUAAUUUUAGGGGGUAAAUGGCUGUUAUGAAAGAACUUUAGGCAGGGCUUUAAUUAACUGCAAAGUAUAUGUACAGUGUGGCCAAACUUGCAUCUUCUGUAAAAUAUUUUUUAUUACAAGUCAUUAAGAGUGCUUGCAUAGUGUUCUUAUGUUUAUUUUUGUAUAAAUUGAUUUAAUAAAGGUGGCAGUGUUUUAUGUGUGA